AUGUUCUCUUAUCCAAUAAUUGCAUUCUUACUUUUUAAAGAGUUGUCAAUUUUAGCUUCAAACUUGUGGAUGUUACGAGAUUUAGUUACUUCAAGUUCUGAAAGUAUAUUGGCUUACAUUACAAGUGUUCCUUCAGAAAUUGGUAAUGAUAAUGUCAUGAUUGCAAACGUGGAAAUAUCAUCCAAGAAAAAGAAAAUUUGA